AUGACAAGCUCAAUCCCUAGUAAGUGCCGUGCUGUUAUCAUCAAACAAGCCGGCGCGCCCUGGACCAUCAAAGAAGUUUCCGUUGUGAAGCCAAAAGAUGGCGAGAUCUUAAUCAAGGUGCACGCCUGCGGCGUCUGCCAUUCGGAUAGUUUUAUGCAGCAAGGAGCUUUUGGUCCUCUGGCAUCUUUCCCUCGUAUUCCUGGCCAUGAAGUCAUUGGUACCAUCGUUGCUGUUGGCCAGGGCGUGAAAAAGUGGAAGGUCGGUGACAGAGUUGGCGGACCAUGGCAUGGUGCCCACGACGGUCUCUGCAAGGCUUGCAACCAUGGAUUGUUUCAGAUGUGUGAUAAUUCGCUUUUCAACGGUGUUUCCAGGGACGGUGGAUACGCAGAGUACUGCACCCUCCGCACAGAAGCCGCUGUCCGCAUCCCUCCCCAAGCUGAUCCUGCUGAGUACGCGCCGCUUCUAUGCGCUGGUGUCACCGUGUUCAAUGGCAUUCGACAUAUGAACAUCACGCCCGGGGAUACUAUUGCGAUCCAGGGGCUUGGUGGACUGGGGCAUUUGGCUGUCCAGUAUGCGCGCAAGAUGGGAUAUCGCACUGUGGCGCUGUCGAGUAGCGAUAGCAAGAGGGAUUUCGCAAUGCAACUGGGAGCGAACGAUUACAUUAAUACCAGUAAGGAUAAUGCUGCUGAGGCUUUGCAGAGGAUGGGAGGUGCCAGCUGUAUUGUCGUCACGGCUCCUAAUCCCGAGAUCAUGGGUCCUUUGGUCAACGGGCUAGCUCCGAUGGGCAAGUUGUUGCUUCUUGCUGCUGUUGGCGAUGUCCCGAUCAACACCGCUGCUCUUAUUGCAAAGGGUUUGUCGGUCUGCGGCUGGCCGGCUGGACAUAGUCUCGAUUGCGAAGAGGCUAUUGACUUCGCGGAGAAGCAGGGCGUCAGGUGCAUUGUGGAGAAGUUCCCACUUGAUAAGGUUGAGGAUGCUGUGAAGCGCAUGGAAAGUGGGAACGUAAGAUUCAGAAGUGUUAUUGUCAUGGAGUAG